AUGAAGUUGACUUCUCUGCUGCUGGGCUGCUCAUCGGCUCUACUAGCUUCUGCUUGCGGCAACCACGGUGACGACAAGGAAUGGACCAAGGCUGAGCUGGAUGAGCUGGAGGCCAAAUGGGGCUUUGAGUGCUUGACCACACCCCAAGAACUUUACGACAUCGCCAUCAUCGGCGCCCCUUUCGACACGGCUGUGAGCUACAGACCAGGCGCCCGCUUCGGUCCCCGCGCGAUUCGCCAGGCGUCCAGCAGACAGACGUCCUUCCGUGGCUUCAAUCCCCGUGCCAACAUCAACCCGUACGCCAACUGGGCCACCAUUAUCGACUGUGGCGACAUCCCCGUGACGCCCAUGGACAACGUCAUUGCUCUCGACCAGAUGAGCACCGCCUUCAGGGAGCUGGGACAGAGGAAGCCCGUCUCCUCAUCUCUGAGCAAGCCCAAGCUGAUCACCCUCGGCGGCGAUCACAGCCUAGCGCUGCCCGCGCUCAGGGCGUUGAAGGAGACUUACGGCCAGCUCCGCGUGCUGCACUUCGACGCGCACCUGGACACCUGGCACCCGGAAAAGUACCCCUCCUACUGGACGUCGACCCAAUUCAACCACGGCUCAAUGUUCUGGAUGGCCGGCAACGAGGGCCUCUUGUCCAACACCACGUCCGCACCCUCCGUCCACGCAGGCCUGCGCACCCGUCUGUCCGGCACGGACUUUUCCGACCACGAGGACGACACGGCGCAGAACUGGGUGCGCAUCGCCGCCGACGACAUUGACGAGAUCGGCACGGCCGGCAUCGUCAAGACCAUCAUGGAGACGCUCGGGACGGAGGACCCCGUGUACCUGUCGAUCGACAUCGACGUGCUGGAUCCCGCCUUUGCCCCUGGCACCGGUACCCCUGAGCCCGGUGGCUGGACGACCCGCGAGCUGAUCCGCAUCCUGAGAGGUAUCGAGGGUCUGAACCUCGUGGGGGCCGAUGUUGUCGAGGUCUCGCCCGCGUACCAGAACGCUGGCGAGGAGACGGCGCUGGCCGCGGCGCAGGUCGUGUAUGAAGUGUUGAGCUCCAUGGUGAAGAAGGGGCUGGAGGGGAUGGGUAAGGAGGGCAAGGCCGCUGCUGCUGUCGAGGCGGAGGUGAAGGAUGAGUUGUGA